UUGAUCACGUGGUUCCGGAGCCAGGGACCAGUUUGCUGACUGCGUUCGACCAGUGGCGAGAGUGGGCAGACAGCAAGUCCUGCUGCGACUACUCCCUGCAUGUGGAUAUCACCGAGUGGCAUAAAGGUGUCCAGGAGGAGAUGGAAGCUCUGGUUAAAGAUCAUGGUGUGAACUCCUUCUUGGUGUACAUGGCUUUCAAAGACCGCUUUCAGCUAACUGAUUCUCAGAUAUACGAGGUCCUGAGUGUAAUCCGGGAUAUUGGUGCGACAGCUCAAGUGCAUGCUGAGAACGGUGACAUCAUUGCUGAGGAGCAGCAAAGGAUCCUGGAGCUGGGGAUCACAGGCCCUGAAGGGCAUGUCUUGAGCAGACCUGAAGAGGUGGAGGCAGAGGCUGUGAACCGGGCAAUAACCAUCGCCAACCAAACCAACUGCCCCCUCUAUAUCACCAAGGUGAUGAGCAAAAGUGCUGCUGAUGUCAUUGCUCAAGCCAGGAAAAAGGGCACUGUGGUGUAUGGAGAGCCCAUCACAGCCAGCUUGGGCACCGAUGGAUCUCAUUACUGGAGCAAGAACUGGGCUAAGGCGGCAGCUUUCGUUACUUCCCCACCACUGAGUCCUGACCCAACCACUCCCGACUUUCUCAACUCGCUGCUGUCCUGCGGAGACCUCCAGGUUACUGGCAGUGCCCACUGCACCUUCAACACUGCUCAGAAAGCUGUCGGGAAGGACAACUUUACCCUGAUCCCUGAAGGAACCAAUGGGACUGAAGAGAGGAUGUCCAUCAUCUGGGAUAAGGCCGUGGUGACUGGGAAGAUGGAUGAGAACCAGUUUGUCGCUGUGACCAGCACAAAUGCAGCUAAAAUCUUCAACCUGUACCCACGGAAGGGCCGUAUUGCAGUGGGCUCGGAUGCCGAUCUCGUCAUUUGGGAUCCUGACAGCGUGAAGACCAUCUCUGCCAAGACUCAUAACAUAGCUCUGGAGUACAACAUCUUUGAAGGCAUGGAGUGCCGCGGCUCUCCGCUGGUGGUGAUCAGCCAGGGGAAGAUCGUGCUGGAGGAUGGGAAUCUCCACGUCACCGAGGGAUCUGGACGAUAUAUCCCCAGGAAACCCUUCCCUGACUUCGUCUACAAGCGUAUCAAAGCCAGGAGCAGGCUGGCUGAGCUGCGGGGGGUGCCUCGAGGCCUCUACGACGGACCCGUCUGUGAAGUGUCGGUGACACCGAAGACUGUCACACCAGCGUCUUCAGCCAAGACAUCUCCUGCCAAACAGCAGGCCCCCCCCGUGAGGAACCUGCACCAGUCUGGAUUCAGCUUGUCUGGGGCACAGAUCGACGACAACAUCCCCCGCCGCACGACUCAGCGCAUCGUGGCACCGCCUGGCGGACGUGCCAACAUCACCAGCUUGGGCUAAGGACCGGCCCCUCCUGUGCCCGCCUGGCAGACCAGGGGAUGCGGCACCGGGAGACCCUUUCUGAUCCUUUUAGAGCCUGUGACAGUUACUGCGGGCAACCAGUGAGCGGGGGGCUGAAGUAAGGCGCCUCUUUCAGCCCCCUCAGAUUCCCUCCUCAUCUUCACCAACCCCUCUCACUUCCCCCGUCAGCCCCUACACAUUUCUAAAGAAACCCUGUUUUGGCACCUCUGACACACAGAAAUAAGUGUAAGGAGGGUGUUUGAGACAUGUGGCCUCUGUCCCAUUCAGCAUCUUUCUUUUAAUAAAGGAAGGAUAAAGUGAAUUUCCCGGGAGCUGCCUUUAAGACACACAC